CCAAUCCCCGAAUCAUAUCAUCGAAUACUGACAACUCUUGGAGAGAAAAGACGCAACGCUGUCCCGCGCCGAUCCAGUUUUCCCCGGAAAAUCCAUAUCAUAUCAUAUCGUAUCAUAUCCUCUUCUCGACUCUUUGACUCUACAACACAAAGCAUUGGCCCUCCUUCCUCUUGUGUUUCCGAUACCUACCUUACCUUUGCGGCUUCCAUCCCGCAAAAACCACCCCGCCUCCAACAAACCUGAUAUUGAGUCACCUGCCUGUCACCCCACCACACAGGAACUCGCUCCCAAUGGCUUCCCCAAGUACGCCCGCGCAGGCCGCGAAGAAGGCCCUCUCCAGAGUCGAUCUCGAUGGCCAUGCUCUCCCCCCAUCACCUGCCCCAUCGAGUCCGCACCCUGGGUCACGCCGGUAUGCUCUCGCAACCGAGCUCGUCUAUACUGACUCCAAGGACCAGUAUGGUGCCUCGAGCAUCCCGAUCUACCAGUCGGCCACCUUCAAGCAAACGUCUUCCAACGGCGGCAACGAGUAUGACUACACUCGAUCGGGAAACCCUACCCGGACCCAUCUUGAACGCCACCUGGCCAAGAUCAUGAAUGCGACCCGCUGCCUGGCUGUCGGCUCGGGAAUGGGUGCAUUGGAUGUCAUUACACGCCUUCUGAAACCAGGUGACGAGGUUAUCACGGGCGAUGAUUUGUAUGGUGGCACGAACCGGCUUCUGACAUAUCUGAAGAACAACCAGGGGGUUGUUGUGCAUCACGUCGACACCACCAACGUCGACGCCGUGAAGGAGGUGAUUACGGAGAAGACGGCCAUGGUUCUGCUGGAGACGCCGACGAACCCGCUGAUCAAGAUCGUCGAUGUCGCGUCGAUCGCCAGAGCAUCGCACGAGGCCAACAGCAAGGCAUUGGUUGUCGUCGACAACACCAUGCUGUCGCCCAUGCUCUGCAACCCUCUGGAUCUCGGCGCCGACAUUUCCUACGAGUCCGGCACCAAGUACCUCUCCGGUCACCACGAUAUCAUGGCCGGUGUCAUUGCCGUCAAUGACGCAGAGAUCGGAGACAAGAUGUACUUUACUAUCAAUGCUACCGGCUGUGGACUCUCCCCCAACGACUCCUUUUUGCUCAUGAGGGGUGUCAAGACACUGGCCAUCCGCAUGGAGAAGCAGCAGACCAGCGCUCAACGAAUUGCCGAGUUUCUCGAGUCACACGGCUUCAAAGUUCGCUAUCCAGGUCUCAGGUCUCAUCCCCAGUACGAUCUGCACUGGUCCAUGGCUCGUGGUGCCGGUGCCGUGCUUUCCUUUGAGACUGGCGAUGUCGCCCUUUCCGAGAGGAUAGUGGAAGCUGCCAGGCUCUGGGGCAUCAGUGUCAGUUUCGGCUGUGUCAAUAGCUUGAUCAGCAUGCCAUGCCGUAUGAGCCAUGCUAGCAUCGACGCAAAGACAAGGGCGGAGAGGCAGAUGCCUGAGGACAUCAUUCGCUUGUGUGUGGGUAUCGAGGACGUGGACGAUCUCAUCGACGAUCUUACUCGUGCUCUUGUGCAAGCCGGCGCUGUGACGCUGACGAUCGAUGGCUUUCACGCAAAUGAGGCCAACGGCGGAAGCUCGACACCAUCAGCUUAGGCUCGCACCUAGCCAUUACGACUGACGACUUUCGGACUGCACGGGAAACGGUGGGCGUCUGGGAUGUUCAUCUGGUUUCAUUCCCCUUACAAGCAUGCUGGGCGGAUAUCUGGGAUACACCAAAAGUAAUGAAAUAUACAACGACAACGGAUAUCGUUGUCAAGACGUUGAACGCCAAAAAUCUUGUCCUCAUCACAACACGCUCUCGGCCUCGAAAGCAACCCCAAACCGAUGCUGCGGGCGGUGCGUCAAGCCCCAGUGCGGGCACUUCAAUCGCUUAGUACUACUAAAACAACUGCCUAGGAGACACAGGAUCAAUCACGACUCACCUCGUCAACCCGCUCUGGAAAAGCGUUUCGGUGAUGGUGAGGUUGCUGGGGUUAUGCUCGGCUUCCCAAGCCUUCAGCAUGGGCGAUUCCUCCUGUGAGGAGGACCCAGAUUGACUGGACGGAGGGGGAGUGACCUGGUGUCGGCUGGAACUAUGGAACU